AUGAUGCUGUGUAGAAUGGUUGGCCGGAAGAGGAAGACGGGGACGGUGCCGGUGUACCUCAACGUGUACGAUCUCACGCCGAUCAACGGCUACGCGUACUGGCUCGGCCUCGGCAUCUACCAUUCUGGAGUUCAAGUUCAUGGAGUUGAAUAUGCAUUUGGUGCACACGAUCGCUCGACAACAGGGAUAUUUGAGGUGGAGCCAAAGCAUUGCCCGGGAUUCACGUUUAGAAAGUCCAUCUUGAUCGGCAGAUUGGAUUUGGGUCUGAAGGAGAUCAGGGCAUUCAUGGAGAAGCUAGCCGAAGAGUACUCUGGAAAUUCGUAUAAUCUCAUCACCAAGAACUGCAAUCACUUCUGCAAUGAUGUGUGCCUACGAUUGACUGGAAAAUCGAUACCGAGAUGGGUCAACCGUCUUGCUCGACUUGGUCUAUUGUGCAAUUGUGUUCUCCCGGCGGGUCUGAACGAGACAAAGGUGCGCCAUGUCAGGGCUGAAGAUAGGAAUAGUGAGAAGAAAAAGCUAACAAGUCAAUCGAGUAGGAAUGUCGACCCGUACAAACUCCUGCCGAUAGGUCAGGUGUGGAAUUGUUUUCGGAGGGCAAAUUGCCGUGCCAUCGUCAAAUGGCCUUUAAUGCCCGAGUAUUUGGCGAAAUUUUGGGCAAUGAACAAGAGACAAUAG